UGUUUUCUAGCGCGCGGUCGCGUGUGAGUAACUGCCCUUGCCUGCUCUUUUUCAUUUCGGUCCGCUUGACUUUGUAAAUACUAUUGUGUGCGUUUCGUUGAUAUCGUAAUCAUCUCGACGUUGUAUUGUUUACUCGUCUUGAAGCGUCUAUUUGCGACUACUACAGAUUAAAUUUUCUUCAACACAAUUUUAGGUGUCCGGGAGCUCCUUCAUGUAGGAAUUCUUGUGUAUAUUCAGUCAUGUCUAUGUCAAGAAGUAUUUUGCAGGAACUGUGCGAAUAUGUUCAGCAAAAACCGUCAAGUGUGCUGGGAAACAAGUUUUUUGAUUAUCGAGUGGCCUUACAAGCGGAGUUAUCGUAUAAAGGUGACAAAUUCGAGGCGAGAAUUUUCGUCAUAUCGAAGUUCCGUUUGUUUUUCCUCACCGGUAAAUCACCAUCAUCUCUGAAAAUCGACAAGAGUUAUCACAUUCUCAGUAUCAAGUCGAUGAACGUCUUGAAUAGCGAUGAGCUGGCUGUUACCUUUGAUGAAAGUGGGCAUAGAAAGCGAUUUGUUAUCAAAAGCUCACAGGCUUCUUCUGCUGCUAUGGUCAGACAUAUACUUGCAGCUUUCCUUCGAUAUUUCCCGGAUAUUGGUGCACAGCUGCGAUCUAUAGUUGAGCUUGCUCCAGAAAGUUAUUACGACGAGUUUACGACUAUGAGUGGAGAUGCUCCCCCUAGAGCAUGCCAUUCUUUCAGGAGGACGUAUGCUGCUCUUUGUGACUUCUACGAUCAGCCAUAUAGAGACGAAGUUUCUUGGGACGUCGAAAAAAUAUAUGCCGUCAAUAGACUCCAUUGUCUACGCAUAGAGGAUUUCUCACAUUUGCUGCCAAAGGAUUUGUUACCGAUCACGGGAGUGUUGCAAUAUUCUUCUUACUUUACGGGGCUUGCAGCAGAUGGUAUCAGAAUGACAUCUGAACUCAUAGAUGUUAUAUUGUCAGUGAUUCGAAAAUCUCGCUACUUACACCAUCUACAGCUGAGGAACUGCGCUCUUCCAAGAGACUUUAUCACACUCUUUGCUUCGGCUUUGCAACAAAAUUUGGCGUUACCUCUGGAGACAAUCAAUCUUUCGAAAAAUGUUCUAGAUGACAAAAAAGGUUUCAUCAUCCUGUCAAACAUCCUUGCGCGGCUCACCACUCUUCGUGAAGUGAAUUUCUCAGAAUGCGGGUUAAGUGAAAAGUGCUCACAACUUUUUUGUUGUGGAAUUUAUUCAGGUCUUACAGCGAAAUCUAACUGCGGCGUUGUAUGCAAUCUGACAAACCUCAACUUAUCCAGCAAUGUCUUCAAAGACGACGUAUCGUCAUUGGUGAACGUGGUAUCGCUAUGUACCACAAUGCGAGUGUUGGAUUUGACGGAUUCUCUAUUUCCCUUGGAUAAGAUAUGGGCUGCUUUGAAGUACGGUGGUCUUCAACUUGAGAAGUUACUUCUUGGUGGUUGUCAUGCAGGGAAGAAACCAACGGAUUAUGUCCAGUUAGUGAAAGAGUAUUUCUCUAUGGCUGUAAAUCUUUCACACGUGAGCUUUGCAAAUACACUGCUACCAGCAGAGAUGAUGAAGGCUAUGCUGCUUGGACUUGCUAGUAAUCAACAGCUGAAACCUUUUCAUCUGGAUAUCAGUGGGACUUGCGACAAGUCAAGUGCGUCAGUACUGGAGGCUUGUUUGGCAGGAAUCCAGUGCAAUAGUCUUUCUCUCAGGGAUAAUAAUCUGGAAGGUGAAAUGCAGGUGGUCAUACAUGCUCUUGGAAACAUAAAAACGUUGCGUCGUCUUGAUAUAGGAGGUGCUAACCUGUUAGCUCUGCGCAGAUCAUCGAAACAGGCUCAUGCUGCGAUUAUAAGCAGAACAAUUCUUGACGUUGUGAAACUCUUUUCGGACGAUUCACCUCUUGAAGAGUUGGUGCUGUCAGAUGCCAGACUCGGUCCUCAUCUCAGUGUGCUCUUGAAUACGCUUGGAGCCGCAACAUCUCUUCGUUUUCUUGAUAUAUCGAACAACGAUUUGGGACACUUUGGAGCGAGAAUUCUUUCUAAGGGAUUAGAACUGAACACUUCACUGCGUGCGAUCGUAAUUGACAACAACCAUCUUGGUGUCGAAGGAUUGUGUGACCUGGCCACAGCUCUCAAUAUAAACAGGACAAUAAUCUGCAUCACGUACCCCGUACAAGACGUAUGUGAAUGCUUGACCAGAGCAGGCUGUGACCGAUCAAGGAUCUUGACUGCUAUGAAUCAGAUUGCAGCUUGUUUAGAACGAAACAGAUCGCCUGCCAACUCCGAUCUAGCAAAUUUCCGCAUUGCAGCUCAGGCCUUGGAUCUAGCUAAUCUUGAGAAAUGGAAUGCUGUGGGAGACUCCCUCUUUAAUGCAGCAGAAGAGCCAUUUCCUCAUCGUUUGGAGGAAAUGGUCGAUGACUUUGUCGAGCAGGCACGACGAGAAUGCCUGUUGAAUCUACAAGAUUCAAUCACGAGUUUCCGCUGUGACUGUGGAGAUUCUGCGAAAACUAGUGGGAAGGCUGAACACCUAGCCCUGCGUAGGUUAAAAGAACUGUGGAUGGACGACAUCAAACGGGUUUACAGUGAUUGGAAAUGGCAUGAGCUGUGUGAGCGCAGUGAAAUGAUUGUGGAACGAAUCGGAUCCUCUGCUGAUCAAAUCUCAAAUAAUAGCGCAUCCCAAAAUGGGUCUCCGAGACAGUUUAUGUCUCCGAACAUGCCACGUAGUGUUGAAGCUGGUCGACCACGUAGCAUCAUCGGGGAACUGCAUUCCUCAAUGAGCAUACAAGACGAAGAACCUGGAAUAUCCUUAGAUUUGCCUCCUCAGCCUUCCACGCUAGUUCACCUACAAAAAUAUCGUCCUCGUUUACAAAGGAGACCAGGAACUUCUGGACAAGCAAGAAAAGUCCAAAGCAACAACGACGAAACACCUAUGAGUCGCAGCAGUGAUAUCGAGGAAGAAUCGCAGUCAACCAAAAGCGAAGAUAGUGGCUGUGGCAAUGAUAUGGCGAUCAAAAAGCAUCCAUCCGAACGUGCCGGUUUCCGUGCGAUGCUACCCGAUGCAGCUGCCUUGUCGCAAGCAGUGCUUCGAUCCGCUGCUGAUAGAGCAAUGUCACCAAAGCCGGAUUCUCCUGGACACAGUUCCUCUUUGAGUUCACCAGGUCCAUCAUCAUCAACUCGAGGAGCUGAGGAUUCACCACCGCCUUUGCCACAUCGAAUGAGGAGUCUCCCUGCUGUUCCACCUGUUCUUCCUCCCAAACCUUCGCCUCGAAAUGCUCCUUCCUCUAACUCACUAGUCACUGAGGCAGGUACAAGCGAUGAAAAUGCAAAUAAUCGACGCUCUGUAGCUGAUAUGGCAAGGAUAUUCAAUCGAUAAACUUGGUAUGCGGAAAGUAUUCGGACUUUUGCCAUAGUCUGAAAGUCCUUGAGAGCAAUAUUAAUGCUGUAUAACCGAUGACCAGUCUCAUUUUACCAUCACAACUUGUUCUAAACGAAGAGAAUGGGUAUAUAAUUUGUAAUUUGGAAAUGUUCGCUCUCUGCCGUAUGUCGAUUUUGCACUGAGCUUCUUUUCAUUGUCGUUGAUUUUGGUAGCAGUCAUUACCAUCGAUGCUGGCUUAUAGAGCCUAUACAUUUUGUAACGGAACAAAAGUAAGCGACCUGAGUUUAAUGCAAAAACGACUAACUAUGAACAAUCGCUGCAUCGUAGAAUCCGCGAGUUCCAUACAGGCAGUGUCCGGGCAGAUUUGAGAGCAGUCAAUCUCAUACUGAAGAGGGCUGCCCAUGCUAACGAAAGUCCGGUUGCGACUGCUAAAUAAUACUUCUGCAGCGAGAAAAUCGCUUCAGAGGCUCAAACGGAUACGUUCCUUGGUCUUCAAACCAGGAAGUUAUGGCAGGACAUGCCGCUGCAGAAUGACAGCGUCGCAACGGCCGUGUCCGAGCGCGGUUUCCUGCUUCGAUGACCGAAGGUUUCUGUUCAAACUUUUGAAGCUGCUUUCUCACCUCAGAAACAAUAUUUGCAGUCACAACUGGGCUAUGGUUUUCUUAGGCAGCCCGCUUAAGUAAUGUUGAGACUGAUUGCUCCCGAAUCUGCCCGGACCUUGCGAUCAUGCAACUUAACCGAUGCCCUAGGUUGAUGUUAUUCAGCACGGGCAAUAUGGCUUUUGAUCUCAUUGUCUUCGUUCGACAAUGGAUUUAAUGCCUUAAUUUAUGAACUGGUAGUGCUCUUAAUUGAGAUUUCCCCUCAUCACUCAACUCUUCUGUAAUCCACCAAAUCCACCUUAUGGGUGCUUUCCGAGUAAGCUUUGGUAACAUUGUAACAAGUUUGUAAACAUAGUCUGAUAAUUUUUGUGAUCGGGUACAUGAACAUUGUUCAUAUCUGCAUCGCUUCUCUAUCAGAUCUACAGUCUUCGUAACAAUUAGCGACAGCCACAUUAACAAUGACGAGUAGAACAUUCAGCCUUGCGAUGCUUCCUUAUAAUUUCUUUCGCUUAAAUUUACUGCCAUAUCUGAAUACAUCUAUACAUCUUAUAAUUAAGAAAUCGACGUGAUUGCACUUACUGUGACAUGAUGCUUGCAGAUUAUACAUUUAUUAUGGUUACUAUCGUUGAAUAAAAUUGAUUAGCAUGAUUAGUCAGACUUGUGCAC